UAUAUAAGACCCGUCGGCCAUUGCCUUGGGAAUAUCGCAUAUGCUCUCAGUUUGCUUCCCUCCACCAUCUACUAACUUGCAGCAACCAAACAAAGAUUUCGGUUCGAUCUAGUCGCUUUGCGCCGCAAGUCUUCUCCGAUCAACCUCACCUUCUUGGCUCUCUUCUUUGCCCAGCCUCCCCGAUCUCCAGCUCCGUCAUCACAGCUUGCUCCGCUCGGAAUGGCGUCCCCGUUGACAGAAGCCUCGCCUCCUCCGACCAUCCGAGACGUCAUCGGCCGCGAUGACGACGACGACGACGAUAACUUCAUAGCAGAGGAGGAAGAGGAAGAGGACGAGGACGAGGACGAGGAGGAGUGGGACAUGAGCAAGCGCAUGUCCCGCCUCUCCAUGGAGGGCUCCGACGGCGGCGACGCCGACGACGAGGACGGCGGGGACGAAGCGGAGGAGGAAGACGACGACGAGUUCGAGGUGCGGUCGGACGUCAACGCCGCCGCGGCGUACGGCGGCGCGGGGCCCCCUCCGUACGACGUGCAGGCCCCGUCGUCGGCGUCGCUCCCGGGCACGCCCGACCGCGGGGCGGCGGCGGCGGCGCGGUCGCCGUCGUCGCCGCCGUGGUGGCCCGGGCCGAGCGGCGGCAAGGAGUACGCGAGCGAGACGGAGGCGCGGUGGCCGCCCGGCGCCGGGAGGCGGCGGCGGUACCACCACCGCGAGCGGAUGGCGCGGGAGGUGUGGCUGGAGCGCGCGUGGCGGGCGCGGAAGCAGCGGCGGGAGGCGGCCGCGGCGGUGCCGGUGGUGGUCCUCGGCGGCGGCGGAGGCGAGUCCCCCGGCGCGGGGAGCGGCGGCGGCGUGGCGAUGGAUAUGGAGGAAGUCCGCGCGUGCCGGGACCUGGGCCUGGGCCUCCCCUGCGACUGGACCGUGGAGAUCCCCUGCCACGCGCUCUCCGGCGUCGACACCGCCAGCAGCGGCGGCAACUCGCCGGCCUCCGGCAGCUGGCGCAUCUCCAGCCCCGGGGACGACCCGAGGGACGUGAAGGCGCGGCUCAAGGUGUGGGCGCAGGCGGUGGCGCUCGCCUCCGCCGCCUCCCGCCUCGGCUCGUGAAAGAUCGAUCCGCCGCCGGCGGGGGCGGCGGCGGGUCCAAGAACUCGCUAUCCAAGCUCUUCCUUCGGCUGGCGAUGCGGGCGCGUCAUCACCAGAGAGACAACCCCGUCAUCUCCAACAUUAACAGUCUUCCGAUCUCAUCAGGGAAAAAAACAACAACAAAAAAAGGAACAGUUGCUUCUGACAACAUUUUUUGCGUUCCACUGUACAAACAUGCGUCGUGUGUGUGCUUUGUGUGUGUGUGGUCAUAGCUAGUUUUUUAGCAUUUCUCCAAAAGUAUAAAAAAGAAAAGAAAAGAAAGCUAGGAUUAGUAAGCAUGUGGUUUGGGCAGGGAGCUAGCCGUACGUGCACAGCGCGCACGGGGUCGCCGCCUCGCUGGGGGUGACACGUGCAGCGCCGCGGACCGUGCGUUUUUUUUUUGCGUUGCAUGAUUGUUGUUGUACGAGUAUAAGAGUGCAGGUAAAGAAAAGUAGAAAACAGAACUUUUUUUUUGCAUGUAUGAUGCCUGUUGUUUGGCCAGCGGGGAGCAAGAUGGCCCCAACAGCUUUAGAGCAUCUCCAAGAGAUGCUGUAUUUCCAUUUGUAUAUUUAGAUGGUAUGAGGCUUUGUAAAAAGAUAGAAGGCUUGAAAAAAUGUUGGGAAUCCAACAGACUAGCCAAAUUUAGAUCUCCAUAUUUGUACUGCUAGUGGACCCAUGUGUCAUACUCUCUCUCCUUCUCCCCCACCGAGCUCGCUCCCGCCGCCGCUUCGCGCUCCGCUGCCGCUGCUACUCCGCGCC